AUGACUACUACGAUACCUCAAUGCAUCGCACGAGGAACAGUCAGCUUGCCACAUCCACCGAACUAUGCGAGCUGGGCAGGCCGCACCGUCACCAACCUGACCAAUCCGACUUUACAGAUCCCGCGGAAAGCCCAAAACGGGUCAAGUUACAGCACUCACAGCAUAAGGUCCCACGAGCCCGCAAUCCACAGCUUGUUUGAAGACAAGACAGGGACAUGGCAAUACGUGGUAGCAGACGCGUCGUCUAAGAAAGCCGUCAUUGUCGAUCCUGUGCUCGACUAUGACGCGCCUACCCAGACAAUCAGUACCCGGACAGCUGAUGAUCUAUUGGCCACGGUCUUGGAAGAAGGGUACUACAUCGAGAGGAUACUGGAAACGCACGCUCAUGCCGAUCACCUGACAGCAGCUUCUUACCUCCAGCAACGUCUCUCAUCGCAGCAGGGAUUCAAGCCGCCCAUUUGCAUCGGGAAACGAAUUCGCGAGGUCCAGAAACGAUUUGCUGUGAGGUAUGGUAUUCCAGCUGUUGAGUACGAAAACGCGUUCGAUCAUCUUUUCGAAGAUGAUGAGAUCUUCGAGGUUGGGAGUUUGAGGGCGAAGGUCCUUCAUCUUCCCGGUCAUACGCCUGAUCAUAUCGGUUACCAGGUUGGCAGUAAGUGCUCGCUGUAG